AUCUGCCAUGCGCGGCUUCUCAGCUGCCCGUCUCUUCCGCUCCUCUGCCCGUCCUGCCGCUCGUGUCGUUGCCAGAAGAGGUUACGCCAGCGGUCACGGUCACUCGGCUCCCAGCAGCGACGUGCCAUGGAUCCUCGGUGCUGCCGGUGUCACCAUUCCUGGCGCUUGGUACCUCUGGCCCGACUCAUCUAACGGUGACGUUCACGGCCCUGCUUCUGCCCAUGCCAAGCACGUCGAGGAGCACCCCGAGGUUGAGCAACCCGAGGAGGAGUCUGAGGAGAAGCCUGAGGACGAGUCCAAGGAUGACGGCGAGACCAAGGACGAGGGUGGUGCUCUGAAGGACGGUGAGGGUGAGAAGACCCAGGACCAGCCCCAGGCCAACAACGAGCCUGCUGCUGGGGAGUCGAAGAGCAAACCCAACACCGAAGGCAAGAACAUGCCCGAGAACAAGGGUGAUGUCGAGGGUGUCCAAUUCAAGGGCAAGACCAACGAGGGUGACUCGGACAACAAGAUGCCUGAUGAGCGCAAGCGCGAGCCUGACGGCAAGGGUGGCUUCAAGAAGCGCAUCGACUCUGGCUACGGCAAGAACCUCGGCGAGGGUCCUGAGCACAGAGAGGAUGGCUCCACCAGCACCACCUCCACCGGUGGCCAGGGAGAUAUGAUGACCAAGCAAGGAGGCAUGUCUAACACAGCCACCCGUCACAGCACCCGCAUUGAUCAAGAUCCGCCCAAUGCUGACAUUUUUUUUGUAGGCGAGGGUGCUCCUGAGACCGCAAAGUCAAUGGGUACCGUUUCGGUCAACAGACCAACCCCCGAGAACCAAAUCAGCGAAGACAAGGGCGAGGACAAGGCUGACCAGCCUCGCGCUGACAAGAAGCAGGACGAGGAG